GACCGGAAGCCCUUCGAAUACACAAUUCACUUCCGUACCAGGAGGAGGGUGAACGUCAAAACAUUGAGCGAGUCUUCGAAUUAUGGAAUACUUACUGUAUUGGAGAAACAAAUGUGAUUUACGAACGGUAUAAAUUCAAUAAUUGUACACAGGGCCCUACAGAGUCAAUUGAAACUUAUGCGGCUUCUUUGCGUGCCCUCGCAGCCACAUGUGCAUUUGGACCACUUAAUGAUGAGUUGAUACGUGACCGAAUUGUUUGUGGCAUUCACAACAAUGCUGUGCGACGUAAGCUACUGCAAGAACCAAAACUCUCAUUAUCUAAAUGCAUUGACUUAUGCAGGGCCACAGAAACAACUACUGCUCAAGCAAAAAUAAUUGCUGGCCAAGAUGAUAAUCAAGACCUCAUGGCCCCUUAUGUUGGAAAGCAAAGCAGCCCGAGGAAGACCACUGGAGACACAAGAGGUUUUAUUUCCGACUGCAAAUUUUGUGGGCGUAGCCAUAAAAGAAACAAAGAGAGUUGCCCAGCCUUUGGCAGAUAUUGUUCUGGUUGUGGUAAGAGAAACCAUUUUGUUGAGAAGUGCAGCUUGAAGAAAUCACCAGGUAUGAGAGAUACAUUUUCUAAAGCCAAAAUACAUGCAGUGAAGGAAGAAAACACUUCAAGUGAUGAUGAAAUUCUCAUUGUUGAAAUUUCACCCAAAAAUAAUCUGGCAAUAAAUGCUGUGUCCCAGUCCCCUCCUAAGAACAAAAUUUUUGCCUCCAUGAUUAUAAAAGGCAGGCAAAUUAGUUUUCAAAUUGACUCAGGUGCUACCUGUAAUGUCCUUCCAGAACACUUCGUUCCUCCAGGCACAAAAGUUGAAAAAUCGGAUCACUCUUUGCGCCUGUACAGCCAAGCCUUAUUACCGAUAAAUGGUAUUUGUAAACUUAAGGUAGUAAACCCAAAGAUCCAGACUGAGUACACUGUCAGAUUUGUUGUUGUAAAAGGUGACUAUGUGCCAUUAUUAGGAGCAAAUGCAGCACAAAAGAUGGGACUUCUUACUGUUAAUUAUGCUAAUAUCUUUAACGCAAAUGUAGAUAAUGUUAGCUCUAACAGUAUUGCUUCAAACAGCACACAUCAACAGGCACAACCAACGGUUGUCAUGGAAACAGUCUUAUCGACCACCGCAGUGGCUCCACUCAGUAUUGCAGAUAUAGAGAACCGUUUUGGAGAUGUCUUUGAAGGUCUGGGUCACAUGUCAGGCAAAUUGCACUUAGAUGUUGAUGAGUCACAAACCCCUGUUGUCGUGCCGCCUCGCAGAGUACCAAUCGCUCUCAAAGCCAAACUCAAGGCUGAAUUGGAAAGGCUGGAAAAUCUUCAUGUCAUUCAGAAAGUUACAAGUCCAACAGAUUGGGUAUCAAAUCUCGUCAUUGCAGAAAAACCAAAUGGGAAACUGAGGGUGUGCAUCGAUCCACAACACCUCAACAAAGCAUUGAAAAGAAGUCAUUAUCCUUUACCGCUCAUUGAGGAUGUGCUACCAGAGCUAGAGGGUGUCAAGGUAUUCAGCAAAAUUGACCUGAAGGAAGGGUACCUUCAAAUAGAGCUCGAUGAAGAAUCAAGCAUGCUCACAACGUUCCAGACACCAUGGGGGCGUUGGAGGUACCUCAGGAUGCCAUUUGGAAUUAAACCAGCUUCAGAACAUUUUCAACACAAAUUUGAUCAGUGCAUUGAAGGCCUAUCUGGGGUGUAUGCAGUCGCUGACGAUGCUCUUGUUACGGGUAGAGGAGAAACUUACGAAGAAGCUGUCAAAAAUCAUGACAUGAACAUGGUGGCACUUUUGAAACGUUGUCAACAAAAAAACAUCAAGCUGAACAAGGACAAAUUCAAGUUCAAAUGCGAUGAAGUUUCCUUCAUUGGUCAUACCCUAACACAGAAUGGUCUUAAAAUAGACCCCGCAAAAGUUGAAGCCAUCACAAAGAUGAGCAAGCCGAAAGAUGUCGCUGGUGUACAAAGGUUCAUUGGCAUGGUAAAAUACCUGGCCAAGUUUCUUCCCAGACUAUCUGAAGUAUGCGAGCCUCUGAGAAGUUUGACCCACAAAGAUGCACCAUGGGUAUGGGGAAAAGAUCAUGACAAGUCUUUUGCUGACAUACAAAAAGCAAUUUGUGAGGCACCAGUUCUAAAGUAUUUUGACCAUAAGGCAGCAACAGAAGGCCAGGCUGAUGCAUCAUCAAAGGGGCUUGGUUUCGUGCUCAUGCAAGAGGGACGUCCCGUGUCAUAUGCAAGCAGAGCCCUCACCCCUGCAGAGCAAAAUUACAGCCAAAUAGAGAAGGAGCUGCUUGCACAAGUAUUUGGAGUGGAACAUCACCAUACCUAUGUCUAUGGCAGAGAGAUUACACUUUGGACGGAUCACAAACCACUUGUCUCAAUCGUCAGCAAACCACUCGCCUCUGCUCCAAAGAGACUGCAAAGGUUGCUACUAAGAUUGCAAUCAUACGAUGUUAAAAUCUGCUAUAAACCUGGCAAAGAAAUUGUUCUAGCAGACACACUCUCUCGUGCAUACCUGCCGACAAGUGAGAGACAAAAGUCCGCAACUGAAGAAGAAGUCGAAACUAUUCACAUGUCAAAUUAUCUCACCAUCUCUGAGCCACAGCUGAAGGAAAUACAAGACGAGCUAGCAACACAGGAUGACGUAAUAUUCAAGGGUCAGAGAGCAGUUGUUCCAGAAACACUGCGCAAAAAGAUCCGGGAUAAACUGCAUGUAACACACACAGGAAUACAGAGCUGCCUCAGAAGAGCCAGAGAAGCAGUUUACUGGCCUGGCAUGAACAAAGAUCUUAUCGACUUCAUCUCAAAAUGUGAAAUCUGUAACACAUUCCAAAACAACCAGACCAGAGAGCCCCUUAUUCCUCGUGAAAUCCCAAGCCGCCCCUGGCAAAUAAUUGCUGCUGACAUUUUCACAGUCAACAACAAAGACUUCCUCUGUACUGUAGAUUGCUACUCCAACUACUUUGAGAUAGAUCGUCUAUUUUACAAAACUGCUGGGGAAAUUAAGAAGAAGCUCAAGCGACACUUCUCUACUCAUGGCAUACCAGAUACGCUCAUGAGUGACAACGUACCUUUCUCCUCUAAAGAAUUUCAGGAUUUUGCCAAGGAAUAUGAAUUUACCACCGAGCUAAGCUCGCCAGAGUACGCACAGAGUAAUGGCAAAGCAGAAAAUGCCGUCAAAACUGCAGAUGCUAAUGAAAAAAGCGACUGA